ACAUAUAAAUUUAGUUUAGAAAUAUAAAUAAAGUUUGUACAAAACAAUAUAUAAUUUUUAAAGAAGUUGGUUUUGGAUAUUAGUUAUAUUAUUGUUUUAAAACGGCAUAUAAUUUAGAAGUUAUGUGCAUUAAUUGUACAUAAAUUAAAAGACUCUUAUAGGGUGAUAGUGACGUUAAUACCAAAGCACAUAUUACGGUAUUUUUAAUUUUCCACUGGGAAACAAAUAAAAUUGAGUUUUGUAAUUGAACGUGGUAUGUAAGAUAACUUAAGACUGGAUAUUCCUGGAGAAUAAUUGAUAAUUUAAUGAAUAGUUUUAAUAAAUAAAAUGAGAUAUUCGCUUGUAAUAAAGAAUACGUGUGUUAUUGUUCAUAUUUCCACUUUGCUCAAUAUUAAAAAGAAUUACAAGGAUGUAAUAUAAAUAUGACAUGAAAAACCAGGUGUAUAUAUAUAUAUAUUUUUUAUCACAUAUGUAUAUAUACAAGUAAAGUAUAAUACUUAUAUUUUGUAAGUCUUAAUAGGAUUAAAAGGGAACAUUUUAGUACACGUAAAACAUUCAUCAAUUUUGCACAAAGACGUUUUUAAGUACAUAUACAUGUUUCCCAGUAAGCGUGUAUAUGUGUACUCUCUCUUCACGAAAAAUUCGAUCUCUUUUUUUUUAUGAUUAUUUUCUUUUCUAGGGACCGAGAAACGUUCAUUCGCUAACAACUAUCGUAAUACGAACACAGUCCUAACAUUCGAUGCGUGUAAAAUAAGUUUAACGUUAUCUUCGAGACGAAAAAGACUGUCUUCGCAUUUGAACGACUUCGAUGAAGAUUGUGAUAAAAUGUGAAAUAUUAAAAAUGUUUAUUUAUACGCGUGAAAUAUUACGAAGGAACUUUCCUCAAAUAAAUUUCAAAAACGGAAUUUCAUCCCACAUUUUUGUUAUUUCUUCUCGUUCAAAAUUAUGAAAAGUUACAAAUUCGAAAUUUUACAAUUUGUAUUCUCGCGCCAUUUCCCCAUCCUCCUAUCAGAUUCAAAAUACGCUGAAUUUGAAAACGAUGCGAAACGCUUGCGCCCUCAAGGAAGAUUCCUUCGUAUUUACGCGAUAUCGAAAGAUUAAAGUUCCCUUGUCGGAUACGUAUACUUUCACGUACAGGUCAGUACGGUUGUCCUUACGGCAUACUCGAGAUAUUUUUAAAAACAUAAAUUAUUUUUUAACGUCUUCUCAAUGGUCUUCGUAAUUAAUCUUAGAAAUAGUACUUUUAACUCAUAAUACAAAAGUUCUUACUCUAAGAAGAAUAUAGAAAUUGAAGAUUGACAUUAGUAACAACUCUCGAAUGAAACUUGUGGGAAAAUUCGAAACACCUGAUCGAUAUCUCGAAUGGUAUUUUUUACAGUGAGGGGGAAGUGCAUAGAAUCCAUCAUGGUUGCCGUAAUUCGAAAAUUUUCGUCGACGUACAUAAAUACUUGGGUUCGUAUAUAUUUUAUUAUUUGUCGUACGAAAUUACCAAUAUCCCGGUAAUAAUCUACGAUACAUCACGAAUCACAAAUGUUUCGUUAUUUUUACGUAUUGAUAUCGUAAUGACUCUGAGGUAUUACGUACGUUCGUAAUUUAAGAAAAAUCGACAUUCUUCGAACGAUCAUUCCGAAUGCAUCUCGGGAAAUAUAUUGUAUUUUCAAAUCUUAUUCGAUAUUAUAAAUGAAAUUUUUCGUUAAUUCCACUUUGUAAUCGAUAAUCCCUGUAGGAGAUCAUGGAAUUAAGUAAUCGACGCCGAUUGCCAAUUAAAUAAGCAUUACAACAGUUCCAAAGAGAAAAAAAGAACACGAAGUAAAUAAAGAACCGUUCGAAUUUGGCGCUUUUCUAAUUGGAUAUCGGCGGUAUUACAUCGAAGGUUAUCACACGUGCUGUUUAUUUUUGACGUUCAAAUAGUCGAUCAGUUUGGCAUAACGCGACUUCAAAAUAAUACAUUUCUAAACGUUCAGUUGGCAACGUGCGAUUUUUCGGUGACGCAUCAGAGUCGAACUACAUACAAAAAUCUAUUUUAUCGGUUUAAAUAUGGUCUUUUCGUUACAAUGAAAUAGAUUGUGGUUAAAGUAUCAAGUGUGUAUAAAUAAGGUAUUAAGAAACAUCAAGUACACGGAGAAAGUGUAUUUUACGAAAGUUUCCUUCAUAGGUGUAAGAUUCGUAAGCGAGUAAACAAAUGAAAAAAGUUACGCUGUUGAAUAAUCACAUUGCCAACCAGAUUUCCGGAAUCGGUUUACUUCGACUAAGACCAUCGAAGGAAAACUUUGAGAAAAAGUAUCUAAAUUGAUGACAGCAGUACAGACCUUCGACUUCAUUCUUGUAAACAUUGAGUUUGGAUAUAAGGAAGUAAUUGUUUUUCCCAUCUGAGGUUCAUUAAAGUGCAUUUUACAUAAAAUCUUUGGUUUAUGAAGUUAUUUUACUUUAAAACCAAUCUUACAGAACUUAAAUAAUGUGUAAUUUUCACUGGAACAUACACGGUAUGGAUACGCCAGUCCUGGUUGGACAAUCCAUGACUUCUUAAAUAAUUGUAACAAUCUUGAUGUUUUACCAUGGAACAAUUAGAUGAAGUGCACAGUGACAUUAAUAAAGUAGAAUCAUCGAUAAAAGUAGAUGUAUCUUCUUCAUUAAUAUCAGAAUCAACGACUGAUAUUGUAAAGAAUGUGAAGGAUAUUCCAGAAAAUCAAGAAAAUAAGUCACAAGAAUGUACAGAUAAUAUAAUUCAAGAUGUUUUAUUAAUAAAUAAAUGUGAUGUAACAGAUUUAAAUAAAAAAUUUGAAAGUAAAGAAAGUAGUGAGACAGAGAACAUAAAGAACGCUGCGAUUAAUGAAGUAGAACAAGAAAUAAUAAAUAAGGAUCCACAAAUUGAUGAUCUAUGUAAAAAAGAUGAGAAAUCUCAAGAAGAGCAAGCAGAGAAUACAGCCGAGCUUGAAGAUCGUUCAAGAUAUGCAAGUGACAUAUCUUUAGAUAAAGAAAGUACUAACAAUGUUGAAGUAUUUGAUACAAAUGAGGGUGAACAAAACAUUGAGAAACACAAUGUUUGUACAGUGUUAAAUAUAGAUACAGUUGGUGAUACUAAUGCUCAGUGUCAAGCAUUAAUUAAAACACUUAGUGAGACUUUUGAUGAUAAAGACCAAACAUUGCAUGUCACGGAUACAGACACAGAUUUGUCUAAACUAGUUGAUAGUAGUUCAGAAGUAAUGGUACUGACUGUAGAAACUAUUAAUGAUAUGAAUGAAAGUACAGAAGAAAAUAUUGUUUUAACUGUACAUGAAAAGGAUGUUGUUGUAAAUUCCAAUGAAAAAAAUGUUUCUGCAGAACAAAAAGAAAUGAAGAACACUGAAAUUGUAAAUGAAGAAUUUAAUUUGAUAGAUUAUGCACAAGAAAGUGAUGGAACAAUUAUAGAAGUAAUCUCAACAGAAAUUGUGGCUCAAGAAGUUUCUGAAAAUUGUAGCCAGAAAGACAAUAAGGAAGUAUUAAAUCAUACAAAGACAGGAAACGAUUCUAUAACUCCUAUUACCUCAGGAGUAAUUAAUGAUCUAGGAACUGCAGGUGACAUUGAUAUUAAAGAAAAGGGUACAAGCAUUAAAGAAGGCACUGAUAUUAAAGGAGAGGACAUAAAGGAAGAGUGUAGAAAUACUGAUGCAAAAUAUAAUGUAGAACAAGAAACAACAAAUGGAAAUGGCAAGACUGAAUCUUUUGAUAGUUCACAUAAAAUUAAUGUAGAAAAGAAAAUUAUUCAUAAUAAAAUUGUCGUACCUACACAUGUUGGUAAUACAGAAGGAAGGAAUAAAUCUAUAAGUGAAGCAGAUAAAGUGAGCGUAACUAGCAAAAGAAGUGUAAUUCAGGAUAUAUUUGAUGAUUGGGGUGUUGAAAAUGCAGAAGAUGACAGUCAGUCGGUAUCUAAAACUCCAGAUACUGUGGAGAUUGAAUUGAAAAGUUUACUAAAUGACACAAAAACACGAACUAUAGAAGAAAGCACAGUUGUGCUGGUUGAAGAAGAAAUUACAUGCAUUGAAAAAGAACCAGUUGUAGAUGCUGGAAAGGCUGUAGAAGUUAUUAAACAAAACAAAGAAAUGCAAGUAUCAAAGGAACAACUGGAUAACAAUCAAACUAUAAAGAAACAACAAAAUAGUAUAAAAUCAUUACUCAAAGACCAACUAACUCAUUCUAUAUCACAGGCUGUUGGGAAGUCUACAAAAGAUUCAACACAUGAUACUGUGGCAUUUAGUCAAACUUCGCAAAUUAUCCCUAUUAAUCGUGGUCGAAAUUUAACCAGCCAACCUUCACAGGUUGAAAUAGCAGAAGCAUUAAAAGAAAGAUUCCGUGAGAAACAAAAAGUAGUAGAACAACCACCACGACCUGAUAUAUUUUUUGUUAAAAAACUAACCCAGAGAUUAUCAAGUAAAUUAGUAGGUAGUCCAGGAACCGCUUUACCAGCACUUAUACCAUUGCCUCAGCCUACUAAUCAAUCCCUUAUUCAAUGUGAUAAAAAGUCAUCAGAUAAUACUAGUACAGGAACUAGCAAAGAAAGCAAUUCUGAUAAUAAAGAACUGUUAGCAAUACUGGAAGGUGAUGUUGAUCCUGAUUGGUCUAACUUGAAACCACCAAUUUUAGCAGAGGAAGGAAAACGUUCAGUAAAGAUUGAACAAAGUGGUUAUAAUACACCACCAAAACUUGAUCCCUUAGUUGAGAGAGAACUAGCAUUGAAACAACUUCUGGAAUUACCUGUUGCAUCAUCUAAAAGAAGUAUACAGAAAAAGAAGAAAAUAAUUAAACCUACACCUACUAAAUCUUCUAAAGCAAUAAAAACAAAAAUUGUACCUAAAACAGAGAAAGAGACAAUUGGAAUGGAACCAAAAAAUAAAACUACAGAAUCUGUAGAAGAUACGAAUUCUUCUGGUUAUGCUUCAUCUUCUUUGCUUAUCGAAUCCCAUACUUCAGAAAAAAAAACAGAUAUACGAGUAGAUGAGUCAAGAUCAGGUAGAAAACGAAAACUUACAGAAAAAGCUAGGGAACAUGAACAACAACAGAACAUUGUAAAACGUCAAAAAGUAUAUAAAGGAAAGGUUUCACUGGGCAAGAAGCAACCUCAAGACCAAGCUCCAUCUGACAUUAGCUUGUUAACUGAAAAUCAUGUAUCUAAGGAGACCAUGGUGCUUCCCAAUGAUGAGGUUAAUGUCAUAAUAACAGAUGAAAUAACAGAAAAACAUGUCACAAAUAAUAAUAAAGUAGAUAUAACAUUAGACAAACUUGAUGAUACACAAAAUGUAUGUAAUAUAAAACCUUCAAAACAAAAUCUUAACAAAAAGAGAUCACAAUCUAUUACUAAACAAAAUAUAGCAGUAAAAAAGAUAUUAAGGCAAAACAUAUCUUCAAAUAAGAAAAAUGCUACUUUAAAAACUAAAUUAAACACAUCAAAGAAAUCAGGAUCAAAGAUAGUCUCAAAAACAAAACGAUCUACAGAAAAUAAUGCUGGAGAUUCUAAACCAAAAAAGAAAAUCAUAAACGAAAUAGAUAGAUUACUUCAAGAUGAAGGUGUUGUAAAUUUAUUGUACGAUGUAGAACAACCAGAUAAAAAAAGAUUAGUUCCCAUUACCAAAUCUCAAGCAAAAGUUAUGGAUAUACAAAAAGUACAACGUGAGCUUAAACUUAGAAAGAAGUUAGUACGUAAUGCAGUUUUAAGAUUACGUACUUCAGCAGGUGUAUCAAAACCAAGAUCUAAAAGGACUUCUAUCUAUUUGAAUGAUAUGCAAGUAGAUAAAAAAAUUGGAGAUCAAACCACACCAGUAAAACAAAUAAAUUUGUCUCAAGAGUUUAUUUUACCUGCAAAAAUAAGAAAUGCAGCAGAUGCAUCUGUUAUAAUUAGGAGACAUUCAUCUAGUUCAUUUUCCAGUGCAUCUGGAAGUCCUAGAGUUAGUAUUGAUACUCCAGAGAAAAAUGAAGGAGUUAAAGUUGAUGAAGGGGGAUUCCAUUCCUUAAGAUCUACAAAAAGACGACAUUCACAAGACGAAAAAAUAAAUGUAAAAAAAAGUAAAAAGAAGAUUGUACAGAAAAGUGACACAGGAAUUGAUUUUGUUGACAUUGUAGAGGAUAAAAUGGUAUUUCCUGAACGUCUUAAUAAAAAGUUGGAUUCAAAAAAAGCUGAUAAAAAUCCCAAACAACCAGAAACAGACGAAACUAAUAAUGGUUUAGGGAAAGUUAUUACAAGAUCAAAUGGUACAGCUACAGAUAACAAUGAAGAAUUUUCCAAAGGAGAAGAUGAACUUUCAGCCUGCCUUGCAGAAGCUGCAAAUGCACUAUCAGUAGUCAAUGCUGGGAGUCGGUCUGCAAAUUCAGCAACAAAUCGCAAAAAUAAAGUCAAUGCAAAUAUAACCAAAACGCUAGAAUCAGAUAAUAAUAAAACAAAAGUGGAAAUUCGAAGUCAAUUUAGUAAUAAGGAAAUAAAUAUACGUCGACAUGGGAAUCUUGUGCAGUUAAUACUUACACCAUCAUCUUCAACAAAAAUAAGAAAUGCUCUCACUCUCCAGGUGAUGCAAGAAUUUCGUGAAACAUUAUCAAUUCUAAAAAAGGAUGAUGAUUGUAGAGUUGUUUUAUUAACAUCAACAGGUAGCAGUUUUUGUGAAGGUCUCGAAUUAUCUAUGUUGCUACAUACAAAUAAAGAAAAGCGGCGGAUACAUGCCCAAGAAAUGGCAGAUGCGGUUAAGGACUUCAUUAAAAGUUUAGCAUCGUUCAACAAACCUAUUGUGGCUGGAGUUCAAGGAGCUGCGGUUGGACUUGGAGUAACAAUGUUGCCUUUAUUUGAUCUUGUGAUAGCUAGCGACAAAGCCACAUUUAGUACACCUUAUGGUAAAUUAGGGCAAAUUGCUGAAGGUGCUGCUGUAUUUACUUUAUCACAUAUAUUAGGAAGUGCAAUUACAAGUGAAUUAUUAUUAGGUGGUAGAACUCUAACAGCUAGUGAAGCACUAAGAGCUGGUCUUGUUACUCGAGUUUUAUGGCCUGAUAGAUUUCAAGUUGAAUUACUACCAACCCUAAAAGCUAUGAGUGAGCAAUCCUCACAGUCUAUGGAAGCUACGAAGACAUUGUUACGUCAUAGUUUGCGAAAAAAAUUGGAUGCAGCAUUAGAAUCAGAAACAUAUUUACUAAUACAGCAUUGGUGUUCUGUAGAAUGUCAAACUGCCAUAAAGGCUUACAUUGAUGGAAAAGUGCAGUAAAUAUUUAAAUGAUGCCCAAUGACUUUGAAUGGAAGUACUAACGUCAUAUUCCAACAUACCUAGUAUUGUAAAUUGGAUUUGAAGAUUAAUAACGAGAUAAUUAGUUUGGGGAACGUUAAAGCGAGAAAAGAAGUCAUGGAUCUGGUGUGUCAUUUUACAUCAAUCAACGCACGAUUAUUUUAAAUUAAGAUAUGAAGUAUAGAAUCAAUUAUUUGGAUGAACUAUUUUAAUAUUAGAUGAUUUAGAAUAUGGAUUUACAUGCACGCAUAAUCACAUACAAUACAGAUAAGGUAUCUAAUAUUAUUGUUUUGAAUAAUUUUUAAAUUAUGCUUUGCCUAAAAAAUGUAUAAUUUGCUGAAAAACAAAAAAUACAAACAAAAAAUAUAGAGAAUACAACCGAUUUUACACUUUAAUAUUUCAUGUAAAAAGAAAAGUAUAAAAUAAAUGAAAAAAUCAUAAAAUUACUCAUGAUACAAAUGCAUAAUUAAUUACAUUAUCCAAAACGAUAUUAUGCACCUUAUUCUAUAUAUGUGUGUAUAAACUUUCCAUAACAUAUUAUUAUUGUAGAAUAAAAUAGACAACCAUUGUAAGCAUUGGGGUGAAUUUGUGUUCUUUGCACACACAACAGUAAAUUUUGAACAGAAUGUAAUUUUAAAUUAAACACUAAAAAGUAAUGUGUGAUUCUUUUAUACUGAUAUAAUGUUGUGCCUUGGUCAGUUUAUAAAAGGAUAAAAACAAGCAUAGAUGUAGAAGAAGAUAUUUGUAAUUACACUCUGAAAAAAGUACAAGAAUAAUUGAGUAAUGAUUAAAAUAAUUUUAAAUAUAUCAAAUUGCUUUCAGAUAAUUUUUAUUCAAUUGGUAAUGUGCAUCAUUAUAUGUUUCGAUUAUUUAUAUUAUUGUUUAUGUAUAUUUCAAAUAUCAAAUAUUAAAAAAUAAUAUAGUAUAUAAAAGUAUAUAUGUACUUAUAAUAUUGAUUUAAACAAUGCAUUCAUAAAAACGUUUUAUGUCAAAAAGCAAAGAAUUGAACUAUUUUAUAAUACAAAUGCUGUAUUUUACUUCGAUACCACAUAAAUCAUGAAUAUGAAAAGAAUAUAAAACAAAGUUAUUUUCAACUGAUGCAUACAUAUAAUAAGAUGAUGUAACAUUCUACACAAGUUCGGGAAAAAACUUUUUCAAGUAAAGUGAACGUAUAACCUUUCUCGAACUUAACGUAUGCGAUGUUUUAGGGAUCAUAAGGGGCUAUGAAAUAAGACUCAAGGCAACAUUGAGAAAUUUCAUUGAAUACUGUUCAAAAACAUGAAGUAUGUUGUAAAGAAUACAGUCGCUCUUGUACAAAUGUUACACAUGUAAGAAUAAGCCAUUCUAAAACAUUGUAUUAUCAUUGAAUAUAAAGCCCAUACAAAUAUAAAGGAAAUAUUCACAAGCCAA